AUGUCGGCGCCUGCAGCCUCCGACUAUGAGCUCCUGACGGAACACUUUAGCUACCCACCAGCCGCCCUCAUCGACGACAUCAUCAACACCGUCAACGUCCUUGCCGACCGCGCCCUCGAUUCGGUCGAGCGACUCCUCCUCUCCAUCCCUCCCCAGAAACUCGGCUUCUCCAAAAAGGGCGCCAGGCAGGCGGCCGAAGAUGACGCGUCGGCGGCGCAGGAGGCGGCCAAGCGCGAGAUCGAAAACGGCACGCACCAGCUCGAGACGCUGCUGAAUGCGUCCAUCGACAAGAACUUUGACCUCUUCGAGCUCUACACGAUGCGCAACAUCCUCAACGUCCGCCCCGACGACCGGCCGUUCAUGCGCCUCGCGCACUACGAGGGCUUGGACUUUGCUUCGCACCCCGAUCGGCCGACGAGCGAAUCGGUGACGGCCCUCCGCAGGAAGCUGCAGCAGAGCCAGAGGCUGCAGGUUGCCCUCGAGGCCGAGAGGACGAGGAACGAUGCGCUGCUGGGCAAGCUCAGGAGCGCGCUCGGCAUGGGCGACGGGCCCGAGGUGAAGAAGGAGGACGGCGCGCAGUCGGCGGCGGACCCGACCCCCUUCGCCUUCCUCCGCAACAAGGGCGGGCUCGAAGAGGGCGGCGCGGAUCGGCCGAUCACGACGACGGCCGAGUUUGCUCUCUCCCAGCUCCAAGCCCUGCGCGCCCUCUCCGCCUCCCUGCGGACCAUCCAACCCGACCUGGGCACGGCGGCCGAAGGGGAGCAGCUGGCCGAGGGCAGCAAGUCGUGGAGGCGCGAGCGGGUCGAGUACAUCGAAGCCUCGUCGCGCAAGUACCUCGAGCGCGCCGCCGGACUCGAGCUCGGCCCUCACGGAGAGCUUCGCGACGGCGAGUGGCAGGGCGACGGACGGGGCACCAAGGCAGACAAGGCCGAGGUCGAGGGCCUCGAGCGGCUGGCCUCGCUGCUGGGAAGCGGCAAGGACAAGGAGGGCCCGUCAUCGGCGGCCAUCGCGGGGCAGGGCGGCGACGAUGCCAUGGACGAGUCGACCGGCUGA